AUGAGCAUGAUCAACGCCAAGAACAAGGUGACGGAGCACCAGCGCUUCUACCAGCAGGCCUACAAGGCUCACACCCGUCUGUGGAUGAUUAACUCACGAAGCCGCUGGUACAUGGCUCCCUACCUGGUUGCCCUCUGGGGAGGCUUCGGUGCUACCCUUUACGCCGCCAGCCGAAAGGUCGCUGGACACAACACUUGGUUCGGCAAGGACUAA